UGACCACGGUCGCGGUGCGCGGGGACAGUGUUGGUCAAGUAGACGACGGGAUUGGUUGAUUAUCGAAGUUGAAAAUUUUUAUUAGCGUCGCAGUCAUCGUAUCAAUCAGUGUUGAAGUGUAGAAGAAAAAGAUGCAACUAUGGAUAAAAAUGGACAGGAAGCAAAAAGUGAUUUAUCGUGUGCAAGCUGCUACAACGCCAUAGAGAAGGACAAAUACAUCGGAGCGCUCGGGCAGGAAUGGCACGCCGACUGCUUCAGGUGCUCGGUCUGCGACAGUCAUCUCUCAAGCUGGUAUUUCGAGAAAGAGGGUCUGCUGUUCUGCAAGGAUGACUACUGGGCAAAGUAUGGCGAAUGUUGCCAACAGUGCGGUCAGGUGAUUUCCGGUCCAGUUAUGGUCGCUGGCGAUCAUAAGUUCCAUCCGGAAUGUUUCUGCUGUGAGGCGUGCAAAAUUUAUAUCGGCGACAGGGAGGCGUAUGCACUUGUAGAACGAUCCAAGCUAUUCUGCGGACAAUGCUACAAGAAAAGGAUCAACGACACCACAAAUGCGGAGCGUCAGAUCCCGACCAGUGCCAUGACAUACGAAUCCGACGGUUCUUCAAAAAAGACUCCGCACUCCAUUAGACUGGUGGAAAUCCCUUGGUCCAACGUCAAGAAGGAUGGCAUCCGAUUAUCUACGGAUGAACACCUUUAUGGCGUUCCAUCGCAUUCCGCCGUGGGAUGCAAGGGAGUUCGGAUCUCAGAGGUGUUCUGCACUUUCUAUGGGCAGAUUGGAAAAUACAUUUUCUCAUGUGUAUCUACUGCCCUAGACGCUUGUUGCGGGGUGCUACAUUGUAGGAUUGACCUAACGUCAGAUCUGAUGUCGCUUCACAUUGGGGACAAAAUUCUGGAAGUCAACGGCACUCCAGUGAGGGAUACUCCCUUGGAAAAUGUUGAAAAGUUAAUCCAAAGUUCCGGGAAGGUGCUCCAACUAACGGUGGAGCAUGAUCCGGAAGUUGUGGAUCGGUGUCGUUUGUAUAAGAACAAUGGUUCCGAGGAUCAUCGGUACGCGUCGGUGGACACCAACUGCAACAAUAAUACUGGCCUUACCGUCGAUGCAUCCGGCGUGCUCAAGGAACGGUCUCCCUCGCCAAAUAAGUACGAUAAGGAAAGGAUUUUCAAGAAGAAGGACGAAGGCUACAUGAGCGGUACAACAAGAAAGCUACAAAAGCGAUUGAAAGAUGUAAACUGUAACAACGCAUCAAACAGCCUCAAGGAGAAGGAAAGGAGUUCCAGUAUGUCCAAGUUGUUGGACGAGUACCAACACCAUCAUCACAGUGGCGAUUUCUACGAUCUGUCUCGAACGAAAUCGUUCAGGGUAGAGCAGAAAGCCGCCCGUAUAUUUCGCGCAUCGGAUCUCGUUCAGGGAGAAUUGUUAGGGAAAGGUUUCUUCGGUCAGGUGUUCAAGGUGACUCACCGGGUGACGCAGGAAGUGAUGGUAUUGAAAGAACUGUACCGAGUGGACGAAGAGGCGCAGAAAAAUUUCCUCAAGGAGGUCGCCGUUCUGCGAUCUCUCUCUCACAACAACGUGUUGCGCUUCAUCGGAGUGCUGUACAAAGAUAAGAAGCUACAUUUGGUGACGGAGUACAUUCCGGGUGGUUCACUGAAAGAGUUGAUUCACGACUCUGGACUGCCCCUGCCGUGGAAGCUGAGAAUUCGGUUCGCCCGCGAUAUCUCCUGCGGUAUGAGUUACCUACAUUCCAUGAAUAUUAUACAUCGGGACCUGAACUCGCUCAAUUGCCUCGUACGAGAAGACAAGACAGUGAUUGUGGCCGACUUUGGAUUGGCCCGAAUCAUCAAGCAGCCAUUUAGCACCGCGUUCGAAAAAUGUUCCCAAUCCAACGGGACGGGAACGAUUGGACGUCGUGGGCGGCCUCGUCGGCAGCGGUACACCGUGGUGGGGAAUCCAUACUGGAUGGCGCCGGAAAUGAUGCGUGGCAACAAGUACGACGAAAAAGUCGAUAUCUUUUCCUUCGGUAUCAUGCUGUGCGAGAUCAUUGGGCGAGUGCAGGCGGAUCCCGACUACCUACCGAGGACUUCGGAUUUCGGACUGAAUCAGGCAGUUUUCAAGGAAAAGUUUUGCGGACAAUGUCCCGAGCCAUUUUACAAAAUUGCCUUUUUAUGCUGUGAUUUGAAUCCCGAUAAACGGCCUCCAUUCAACAUCCUGGAAGUAUGGUUCGAAAGCAUGGCCCGGAACGCUGCAUUGGGCAAACCUCUUCCGGCCACUAUAGCUACCGAAAUCAAACACUUCAAGGGUCAGAAGAGCAACGAUUCAAGUAAGUGCACAACCCCGGAUGGAUUGGCGACGCCUCCUCCUACGGGCGUCAAGCCCUCGCUGAGUCGCAAAAGGAUAAACGAAGGUAUGAUGGUAGAAGAAAAAGAAAACUGUGAAAAGACGCCCGUUCAGGAUGACGGCGGGUUUGACAUGGUAGACUGUGUGAAAUCUCCCAAGGGAGCUCCGGCAACGAAAGACAACGUAGAAAACAAUAACAUUACCAAUAGCGAUAGCACUAGCAGUAGCGUAAAUGUAAGUGGUUUCAUUUUGGGCGUCACGGAAAUACCCCGAUCGCCUCAUUUGAGCAAGGAUUUCUCACCCAAUGGUGACCGUAUUCGGGAUAGCAUAAGGGCACGGCGUAGGCAGCGGAUGAUACUUAAUAGGGAAAACCAGCGGAAGUCAUUGGACUCGAGUAAUUUGGGGUUGAAAUUGAAUGGCAUCGAUCUAGUAGUCAAUGCGGAUUCCAGCGUUUCGGAGCCUACUAGUUUAAUACAGAUUGAUCCAAACGCCUUAAAGCAGCCUCCUUCAACCGAGGAUGUGCUGAAUUUGGUAAAAGAUACCUUGGAGAACAAUCCUCAACUAACGAGGAGGUACGAUGCGUCACCAAGGGCCAAACGUUACGGUGAGAAGGGCUUUAUAAUUCAUGUGGAUAAUGGAAGUUUAACAUUGAAUAACGUUAAAGAUUUGGAAGGUUGCUCAGAUUUUGAUUCUAGUUGUGACACAAGCUUAAAUUAUAUUGAUGUCAACGGUAGUUGUACAAACGGUAGCUUUUUAGCUGCUCAAACUGAAGAUGUUGGUAUAAGGCAAGGACCAAAGGAUAUUUGGUCAGUACCAAUAGUAAAAGUUUCGUCUGAAGUAAAUGAAACCUCUUCAGUUAAACAAGAAACCCCCAAGGUAUCACCUAGAACUGCUUUAGAUGAUCUUAGAGCUCAGUUGAGCAUGUGUAGAAAAGACAACUUAGAAAAACAGUCUGAAAAAGAGAACGUUAAGGUAGAGACAGUCGUAGAAACUAAGGAUACGAAAAGCAAUAGGAUGUUCAGUAAAAUAAACCCACUGGCAACCAUUCUAGCUGGUAGAAACAGCUCGCCGGAAAAAGAAAGGUCUAAGAGUCCACUCAAAACCAACAAAUAUACAUCGAAACUAUUCCGGGUUAGUGAUACGCCAAUAUUUGAGCGCCGUAAUAUUAGUUCUCCAGUUCCUUCACCGAUGAAACGUAGUGACUCAGGUGAUCAGAUAAAGCCACCAAAAACGGCAAGCCAAGAUAAGCCUAUGUUUGCAUCGAAGCAAAAAGUUUCGCCAACUUCUGACCUGAAACCCCAGUCUAGCUUUGUUGAGACUGCUCCAGGUUCGAGUAGUAACAGCUAUGCCCUUGGUAAGCUCAAAGCCUCUAGGAAUAUCUUUUCAGACAAAAAUCUUCCUCAAGUGUUUGUCUACAAAACCAAAAAAACACCAACUGUAACGGCACACGUGCCAACCUCGGAUGCCAUAUGUACAAGUAGCUCUAGUAAGUCUAAAUCGUCAGCAGUAACAAUAGAAAAGCCGCCCACAAAUAGGAAGCCACCGAUUGCUGGUGGCGUCACUAGCACUAGUAGUAAUUUACUUAGUUUAAACAAGAAUCGCACUUUUCGACCGAUGGAAAGCGGCGGUUCGCCGAGAUACUCAAGGCAUCAGCACUUGGAGAAACCGGUCGAAAAAUACGUGGCCUUAUCGUCGUCUCUAAGUGGUAGUGGUAGCAAUUCACGAACCGAGUCCCCUUCGCCUACCAGUGGCGUAGGAAGUGGCACCCCAAAUCGUCUCAGCAGAACAUCUAACAACAACAAUCGCAUGGGUAUACUUUCACCGGAGAGUAUCCGUAGGUUGAACGCCAGAUUGUUGGAAACUCGCAAACUAUCGAACGAAGGUGAGACUACUGCUAGCAAUUUUUCGCCUAGAGGCAGAACUUCCGGUCAUUGCGGAAAACCCGUGGGUACAGUAGUUCACAAAGGAGACACUCAGCAGGAGAAGAAAGCACGUUCACUAGUUAAAUCCAAACGAGGCGAAAUCAAGGCUGCAGCUAUUUGAGCAUUUGUGUAAUUGAGAGGUUUUGGUUUUGAAUAUUGAUCCCAAAAUAUUUGUUUUGACAAAAUAGAACACAGCUGAUGUUUACUGGCAUAAGAAGACAUUUACUUUUUCGGUUUGAAUCACAUAUUUGACGGGGGAAAAUCGUUACAGAAAUUGUUAAAUAAGGAUAGGCACUCUAUCGGGGUUUACAAUUUUCUCGGUUUACAAAUCCUUGUCAUUGCCGUUCAUAUGAACCAUAUCGUUUUUCGUUUCAGAUAGACUUGAUCUGAAUAUGCUUGUUUGUUCCUGGGGUUGGUACACGCUGUCGGAACUACCUCCUCGGCACUCGACGGCGUCCGGGAGGUUCACAUUCCAGUACCAUUGACGUCGGGACACACUUAAUUACGUUAACAGCGAAACUUCCUUCGCUGGGAAAAUCCCCGACAAGAACUUCGGAAACCAUGGGAAGGGAGUGAAUCUAAAUAGUGUUUCUAUAAUCUUUGGCAAGACUUGCUCGUUUUGCCAUUCGUUUGAGAGAGCAUUGCAAUAGCAGCGUCAGACCCUUUUCCAUGCGAUGUUGCAAAAAAAAAGCUCGCUCACUUUUCCAAACACAUCGCCGCAAUGAUUCACAAAAGAGGCAAGAGUCUGAAGCAGAAACCGUCGAAUCGAAAUAUGCAACCAUGCUUUUCCCAUAAUCGUACUAGUUGCAAAUAUCGGGGAAAAGUUGUGUUGCUGCGUGCAGUGUCCAUAAAUGUCCUGAGAUGGUCCGAAACAAAAUACAUGCAAUUCGAAACGGUAGACACGAUGAGCCUCUCUCAACCUCGGGAACUCCGUAAUGGUAGAUAAUAUACCUUGGCUUAUUUACAACAGUCACAGCGAUGAUACUUAAAAUCAGUUCUGAGCAUGCCUCCUCUCUGUAGCCACCAUAAUAUAUUUUUACCGAAACAUUCAUUCGUGCCAACCACAACCCGAAUUUUGCUUUUUGCUUUUUUAUUUAUAAAUAUCAAUAUCAUACAAAUUGUACAUACACACUAUCUUAAUUCUACUUUCUGUGACACUUCUAGUAAUUUUUCGAGGAAUCACUCGAAGAUGAAUUAAAUAUCUUGUGGAAGUAAUUUUCAGAACCAUCUCCGUGUAGAGCAGGUCGUGAUAUCUCAUUUUAGAAGACACACUUUGUUGAAGGUUGUCACCCGAAUGAAUCUUCAUUCAAAAUCUUAACUUAAGCUAACUCCUAUUUACUGGAGGUAUCUGAAGUCCUUAUUUACGAGUUAACCAAUCAGUGAUCGAUGCACUGAUCGUGAGAGAGAGAAUAUAGGGUAGGACGGGGCAAGAUGGCCACCCGGGGCAAGAUGAGCACCCCUCUGUUUUACUACUUUUAUGAUGAUUUUUUCCCAAACAAGUUCAUAAUCCGUUAGAAUAAUGUUUAUCCUGUUUGUAAACCUGAUAUAAGGUACUUCAUAAUAAACGAAUUGAAAAAUAUCGUCAAAUUAGUCAAUAGCAUGGAUUUUUAGCAUUUUCUUAUAAGAAAUCAUCAGAAUAAAAUAAGGUUUUUAUGUCAGAAUCAAUUUUUUACCAUAAUUCUUGUUAUCAGCCAACAUAACUAGCUUACUGCAAAGCAUUUUAAUUUAUAUUAGAAAAGAUUUUCUAAAAACUAACAUUUAAAUUUAUUCAAUUUUAGUUAUUUACCUAUAGUGGGGCAAGAUGAGCACCCCUGAGGGGAAUAUAGAAAAUAUUUUGAAAUUAUUGGAAUCCACUCAAUAGUGCCGAACAUAGGUUCCCGUAACCUCUGCAACAAUUUGGUUGCGUAAAUUCCUAAAAAUAAGCAACUUAAUAAUCGCUUAUUGUUUUUCGGGUCAUUUUGUGUAAAGUAUUAAAAAACCGCAUUUUUUUUCAAUAAUCUAAAAAUAUAAUAAUUUUAGAACGUGAUACUAUAACUAUAAACAAGGUUCACUAUAUCAAUCACUGUAUGGCCAAUUUAUUGUGAAAAUAUUGGGAUUUUAAUGAAGUGCUCUUCUUGCCCCGUAGCAUGUUCGAACUGACCAUAAAACAUUUUUUUUUGUAUAGUCAAAUAAAUCAUCCUUAUUGUGAAUUUUGAACCCUCCCAUGUUUAUGGGUGAUAGAAAACAUGAUAUAGAAAAGAACUAUUGAGAGGUACUUUGAAAAAUUGUUUUAACUUUCAAUAAACUCAACGUGAUCCUUAGGGUGCUCAUCUUGCCCCGCCCUACCCUAUUGAAAGAGAGACCAUCGAGUCAGCGCUGUCGCCCAGCAUGGCGCCUUGGCAACAGCCCUGCCUGGGUACAGCCAUAAAACAAUAACCCCGUAAGUUGACACUUACUUGGGAAACGCUUAUGCAAUGUAACAGCCAUCAGCCUUAUGGAUUGAUGACUGCCGAUGUCUAGCGUUGACUCAGCAUGACGCCAAGAAGGAAUUGAAAUUGAACAUCGUUCGAUGACAUGUGUGAAGCACAUGUCACAUCCGGAACAGUUUUUUUUUUCUGAAUUGCAAUUUGCUUCACUGCAUAUCAGAACCAGUAAACAAGAAAUCUUUACAAGCCUUGAGCUUGCCGGCUUCGAUGCCCUUGUUGAGACCCUCCCAGUCGACGAAUAGGUACUGAUUUUCAACUAUCUUCUUCAUCAUACAUCAGUGUCAUUUGUCGACAUCGCCGGGUAGGCUACAAUCACACAAUUACAGGGAUAUAGUAGCCUGCCCGAUAGCGAAUGCUUAGAUUUUUAUUCACGAGAGAGCUGUGCAUCCAAUGAGCACACCCUUCGACCUAAACGUUUCGUUGAAAGGCUUCACUGGUUGGGAGACAAAACGUAUGUAAGUAUUGGUUAGGUCAGUCGGGAGUAUCACAGAGACUCCCCGACUCAAUGGCUUCAGGGUCGGCACGUUCACUACACAGUUACUCGCGGGCAGGUAGUUCUCGUGCAGAAUGGAGGAAAACCACAGCACAUUUACACUUUCUACACCAGUUUAUUGCUCCAACUACUCAUUAUUCCUAGGCUAUUCCUGGCACUUUCUACUCCCACUUCUUGAAUUCUAUCUGACCUUUUCUGUUGCGGGGCCCCUUCUCUUUCUGCUCCACCACCUCUCCUUCCUCGUCUCCAACGGCGACUCGCGUGCGGGCGUGGAUCCUCGGCUCGCUCUCCACGGUUCCCGGGGGUGGCUUGGGACUCGCGCUGCUCCGUAUUCCGGCCGGCUACUCGUCCGGGUCCUUACCAAUGUCGUAGUGAAUCGGUCUUCGGUUUUUGCCGGAAUGACUUUGGACACUCGGAUUUCGUAGGGCACUUCACGGGGUUCUUAAACCAAAAACAUGGCGGGGUUCUGAGAUGGGGGGAAGGCAUUACUAUCAGGCCUAUAUUGGUGGUUCUAGUAGUUACCUGAUAAUCCAAUUCACCAAACUUCUUUCCACUUGCACUUCCUUAGACUUUCACUUCUCCAAUUUCUUUCUACAACUUGUCUCUAGCUUUUCAAAACUGUCUUACUCGACGAACUUUUUGUAAGUGUUCCUCAGUCAUGGAGUCGUCGAGCGCUUGGAGGUCCAUGACCUCUUACUCAGGUCAUUACCCCCUCCUCCCAUUUCUUAUUUCUUAAUGGCCCCAUUACGCCACCCCUCAUGGCCGCCCAAGAAUGGUAACCGUCCAUCUCGUGGUGGGUUUUGGUACUUCGGUGGGUGGACGAUGACAAUUUUCUCGUAAGGUGGUGGAGCCUGAACCUGACUAAGCCUAUCGCUGUCGGGAGUUAGGCUGGGAAAAACCUACAUUUAUAACGAAUACUACCUGCUUUUUAAACAUUCACGGUUUUCACAAAAUCACACAAAAUUCUCGGUAGUACAUACGACACGAAUUAUACAACACUUACACGUAGAAAGGACAAAACGUCGAAAAGUGAAAGAAUGGGGUUCCUUUAAAAUAA